GGCCCGGCUGCGGGGGACGUGUCUCUGCUCGCCAUGGCCGCCCCCGCGGGGCGCAGAGUGCCCCUGGCGCUGGGGCUGACCGGGCUGGCGUUCGCCCUGUGCGGCCUCGUCCUGCUCUUCGUCCUGCCCGGCGUGGUCCGGGACCAGGUCAUCAAGAACGUGAGGAUUGAUCCCAAUAGCUUUGCCUUCAGUAUGUGGAAAGACAUUCCUGUUCCUUUUUACCUGUCAGCCUACUUAUUUGAGGUGAUGAAUCCAAAAGAGGUUCGUCUAGGAGCCAAACCUGUGCUGAAUCAGCGUGGGCCUUAUGUUUACAGAGAAUACAGGUAUAAAACCAACAUAACUUUCCAUGACAAUGGCACAGUUUCCUUCCUGGAAUACCGGCGAUUUUACUUCCAGCCAGACCUGUCUGACGGAAGGGAAGAGGAUUACAUUGUUGUGCCAAACAUCCUUGUGAUGGGCGCAGCCAUUAUGAUGGAGAACCUACCUAGCCUUUUGAAGAUGUUAAUAAGUGGCGCACUGGCUGGCUUGGGACAGGAUGCUUUUAUGAACCGAACCGUGGGAGAGAUCAUGUGGGGCUACGACGACCCACUUAUAGAUGUGCUGAACAGUUUUGUGCCUGGUUUGAUCCCUUUCAAGGGGAAGUUUGGCUUAUUUUUGGAUUUUAACAACUCGAAUACAGGACUGUUCACUGUGUAUACUGGGGCCACAGACAUCAAUCAAAUCCACAUAGUGGAUACAUGGAAUGGAUUAAAAAAGGUGAAUUACUGGCACUCUAAUGAGUGUAACAUGAUCAAUGGGACUUCAGGAGAGAUGUGGCCUCCUUUCAUGACCCCUUCCUCCUCUCUAGAGUUUUAUAGUCCUGAUGCCUGUCGAUCCAUGAAGCUAGUGUAUGAGCAGUCUGGAGUAUUUGAAGGGGUGCCAACCUAUCGAUUUGUGGCUCCGAAGACUUUAUUUGCCAACGGAACAGAUUAUCCACCAAAUGAAGGCUUCUGCCCCUGCAGGGAAUCUGGAAUCCAGAAUGUCAGCGCUUGUAGAAUGAAUGCACCACUGUUCAUAUCCCACCCACACUUCUAUGAUGCUGACCCUGUCUUGGUGGAAGCGGUCGAUGGAUUACAUCCCAGUAAGGAGCAGCAUGGGCUCUUCCUUGACAUUCAUCCGGUCACAGGAAUUCCAAUGAACUGCUCAAUCAAGCUGCAACUGAAUCUGUAUAUGAAGAAGGUCUCUGGCAUAAGUCAAACAGGACAGAUCGAGCCGGUUGUCUUGCCUAUACUUUGGUUUGCAGAGAGCGGAGCCAUUGAAGGUUCAGUCUUAAAGCAGUUCUACACCAACCUGGUACUGAUCCCAUCUGUGCUGGAGUACGUGCAAUAUAUCUGCAUCGGUCUAGGUGUCGCUUUGAUUGUUGCUGCCGUUGUACUGGAGAUAAAGAGACAGAGAAACGCCAGAGAGAAGAGCCCACGAGAGCCAGACCCACAGACUGAACCCCCUUGGUCUUCAGAAACAACACCACUCCUUCAAGACACUAGUAAAACAAACCAGAAUGAUGCUGCUGAAGCCUGAAGUGCCAGUCUCUUACAGGAGAGUGAUUCCUACUGGUACCUGUGCCUGUGUGCUUAGGGAUCAGACUCGCUCUAGGUCCAUUGGCAGGAUCCUAGAAAGGAGAGGCAGAAUUGGAUAAAAUAACAGAUUCUGAACCCUCUUGAGAGGCACAAAAUAUUCUCAGACGCUAUUGAACUGUAUUGCCACGGCUCUUAUGUCCUGCACAAAGACACGAGAUGAGGAUAAAACCACUUCACUCCUAGCAUUUGAAAUAAAAAAUAUUCAGCAUUUGUUGGUCUGGGGCUGACAUGGGCUGAGAUCUCUCACCUGCUAUUUCCAGCCUGGGAGGGAUGAAUACCUGCUGGUUAAUCCCCUGAAGUCCUUUCCUCUACCCUCAUAGUGUCUUUCUACUUAUAAGAUGAGAAUCCUAAAAGAAAUAGGCACUUUAAUAGCAAAACCUCUUAAAGCAGGGUUUACAUGUGAUGUAGAAAUAACUGGUUUAUAUAGGAAAAUGUCAGUAUUUAACAACCUGUGCUGCUCAAGGCUUAUGGAGAGGUGCUUACUAAAUAGAUCUACACUGGCUGAAGCUCACUCCCAUUC